UACUAGCCGCAAGUCAAAGCUAGCGAGUAGCGGGAAAACGUUACUGCAGCUUCUACAAGAUGCAGAUCAGCUUCGGAGUCCUCUUGAUCUACUCCAUAAUAGCUUGUUGCAGGCUGGAAAAUGCGACGGGUCAGCUUGUCAGCACUGAGUACAGCCUCGAACCGCAGCAUUCCAAGAUACUGGAUAUUUUCUGCAAAAACAUUUUCGGCAAGCCAAAGCCAGACUUUUGGCAUUGCAAGAGGCUCGACUGUCUCUCCAGCUGGUUCCACGGGGUCUGCAUAGCUGGAAAGUGUGUCUGCCUAGCAGACCUGCAGUCAUUGACGAAGCCUACUACACCGCCCACAACAACGCAGUCGUCUAGCCAUUUCCCUGGGACCACAACGCAGGUGCCCGUGACUUCCAGUCUGUCCCCGACGACCACGCCUUAGGAACCGUGUCUUCGAGUGCGGCGCCAGGAACCAUUUGUAAGACAUCCAUGUAUACAAGUCCGAGCCAGGCACGUAAUCCUCUACAACGACCACACAAUGUAUCAAAAAGGAAAGACUAUUCACAAAAGCUCCUAGCAUUGACACCUUUCUGCAAAUAAAGGAGCCCAGCCGUGCAGACACCUGGCGGGUAAACUUAGAACGACA